AUGGCACCUGCUGAUGGGAUUAGGGUUGAUCCUCAGAAAAUUGAAGCUAUUCUGGAGUGGAAGCAACCCAAGUCGAAGCUGGCUAAACUAUACGUGUCUAAGAUAGUACGAUUGCAUCAGGUUCUGGUUUCUAUAAUAUCUGAUAGAGAUCCUCGCUUCACGUUUCGGUUCCGAAAAAAGUUACACGAGGCUUUGUGUACAAGGUUGGACUUCAGUACUACCUUUCAUCAUCAGACAGAUGAUACUAAGGAUAAAGUUAGGUUGAUUCGAGAUCAACUGAAUACGGCAUCUGACAGAAAGAAGUCAUAUGCAGAUUUGAGGCGUAAAGAGAUUGAGUAUUUUGUGGGGGACUUAGUAUUUCUCAAUGUCUCACCGUGGAAGAAGGUACUGAGGUUUGGACAAAAAGGCAAGCUUAGCCCUAAGUUCAUUGGGAUUUACCGUAUACUGAAGCGUGUGGGACUGGUUGCCAAUCAACUUGAGUUACCUCUGAAGUUGGAUCGGAUUCACGAUGUAUUCCACGUAUCCAUGCGGAGACGUUAUCGUUUUGAUCCCACGUAUAUUGUCUCAGCGGAGGAGAUUGAGGUUAGGCCGGAUCUAACUUUCGAGGAGGAACCGAUUCAGAUUCUAGAGCAUUAUGUAAAAGUGUUAAGAAAGAAGUCCAUCCCACUAGUUAAGGUACUUUGGCAUAAUCACAGCUCAAAAAAAGCCACGUGA